CCUCCUGAGAGUAAUCCGUACAAACCCAACAGAUCACCCUAUGAUCCAGCAUUUCAGCCUUUGUGCCUCCUCUCCGAGCUCAUGCUGCGUUAGGGUGAAAACCACCAGGGGAAUGUGUUUGUUUCGGUUCGGACAACAGUUAGACAACUUAUAAUGCGGUUUAGGGAAGAGAUGUGAAGUGCGUUGUUCAUCCACUUGUUGAUUGAAUAAGCUCGCGGUUAGCAGGCUAGCUCAACUGGCAUACUUAUUACCGCUGGACGACCACAACAUUCAGUUUACAUCACUGGGAAACCCGUUUGACUAAUCUGUAAUUCGGGUCUACGACUUUAAUCCGGUCGGUUGUUUUAUUGUCAGUCAGUCGGUGAGCGUUUUUAUAUCUCUUUAGGACGUAAUUGAUUUAAUGGCGAGUGAAACUUGACCGAAUUCGUUGGCUAAUGCUAACAUGAUGAAAGGGGGUUAAAAACAAUAAACAAAUUAAUGUUUUCGCGCUUUGUUUUAAGAAGCAGAACAAAAGUUUUUAAAUUUGGUUGUUUGUUCUGUAGAAAUACUCUCCAGUUUUCUUAAAUAGUUAAGGUAAAUGAUGGACAGCGCUUCGUCCAGAGGAGGAAACAAGGCAACAAAGUAUCCUAGAGACAGACAUUCGUGUGAUGUUUUGUGGAUUAACAUUAACAGUGGCUGGACUAUGUAGGAUUUUUUUAUUGGUUCACCUCGGAUUUAUUUUGUGAAAUAAAAAAGCCAGAUUUUGUUGUUUAAGAGACGGUCUUGUAUGAAAUGGACACGAUCAACCAAUACCCGGUGAACCCCAGUUUUCCAGAAGACGAUCACAGGAGCUUUUGCAGUUCAAUCAGAUCUGCGAGUUUUAAUGAACAUCACGUUAAUGAUGAGGGAUGGAAAGUAGUGGAAGUGACCCUGUCCGGGGGAGCACCGUGGGGUUUUACCCUCAGAGGAGGACUGGAGCACGGAGAACCUCUUCUUAUAACCAAGGUGGAAGAGGGCAGUAAGGCUGCGACCGUGAGACUGCAGGUUGGAGAUGAACUCAUCAACAUCAACAACAUUUCUCUCACUGGCUUCAGACAAGAGGCCAUCUGUCUAGUCAAAAGCUCCUACAAGACUCUCAGCCUGGUGGUCAAAAGGAAAAUGAAAAUGGUGGAUAUUGUAGCGCAGAAAAUGCCAUCAGAGAGCGACGUGCAUAUGGCCCGGAGCUUUCUCACGAAGAUUUUACGAAGUUCCAUGAGAAAGAAUCGGUUUAAAGGGAGAAAUGAACCCAUGAGCAGACCUCACUCCUGGCAUGCCACCAAGUUCAACGAGACCCAUUCAGAAGCCAAAACCCAGUCCACACCCUCACCAGUUUGGCAAACAAGAUAUGAUGCAAGUUCAUUCUCUUCUGAACUCUCAACUGGCUGGGAUCAAACAAAUCUACGGAGAGUAUCCGAUCAGUUCAGUUCUUUGGGGAGUAUGGACAGCCUAGAACAUAGUUCUCAUCCCUAUCCACCUGGCCGUCUUUCCCCAAACAAAUCCAACAAUAAUAGCAUUGAACAUUUGGGUAGUGGUAAACGGGACUCGGCAUACAGCUCUUUUUCUACAAGUUCGGGAACCCCAGAUUACACACUGUCCAAAAGUAACACGGCAUCCACUGAGAACAUGCUGUACAAAAUAAAUCAGUGGGAUUCAAGUGCCAGGCACAGCAAUGGCAGGCACAGCCAAAACCUAAGCGAAGGGGUACGACAAGAUGAGAGGCCUGGAUACCUGCACCACCUCUCAAGUACAGGUAACCACGAGAUCCCAAGAGCUGAAGAACUGCCUGGCAACCGUCAUUCAAGCUCUGGAAGAGUUAAUAUUGGACCUGUCUGGCAUGUUCCAGAUAUGAAGAAAAACAUGAUAUCAUCUACUCCACCUCCCACUCCACCCACACGCAGUGAUAGCUUUGCAGCUACCAAGGUUCACGAGAAGGGUCUGAUCACAGGUACUUCAGAGGGCCUUGGUGGUCAUUCUCAAGUAAAGCCUCAAGCGAAACCACAACAAAAGCCAGGAGAAACCCAUGAAAGCACACAAAGGUCUAACCAAGUCAUCGAGAUUUGUCUUGAGGGUCGACGGGAUUAUAAUCUACAAUCCAAAAAUGAUUCCUCAAAUAGCUGCAUUUCAUCUGAUUCUCAUCAUCAGUAUAUCCAACGUACAUCAUCAGAUAAGACAUACUCCCUAUCAACCACAGACAUAAGAGAUAGCCAUCCAUCCUAUGGCCAUGCUCCAUACCAUGCACAGCAGUACAGUGACGAAGGCACUUUCCAUGCUCAAACUAGAACAGCAAUGAAACCUCCAUUCAGUGGCUAUUUCAGUAGUAUGCAGGAACUGCACACAAACAACCACAUGCAACUCAACAGCCAGAAUCAAACUGGAAGACCAGCUGCAUCACUGUCAGUUAAUUUAGGAGUCAAUUCCCACCAUAUCUCUCAGGGAUUAACACAGGCUUCUUUAAUGAGAGCUGAUGACUCUAAAGCCUCUUCAGUCUCAGAAAUGUCCCACAAUGGACGGGACAGAAUGUCCAUAGGUUCUCAAGGAGGGAAUAAAGAGCGGUAUUUCCCUCCUCAAUCGCAGCACCAUGAUAAUAAAGAAAGAAGUGCCUCCUUUAAACAAAAUGAAAACCAACAUUAUGUUUCUGCACCAAGUAAUCCCUUGAAUAUGUCUGAUUCAACAAAACAUAAUGAGCUUAGGGGAUGCCAAAAGCAGCACCAUGUGCAUGGCUCAGAUGAGCUUUCUGGUAGUUAUCCACCCAGUAAGCAGCCCGAGCACAGGAGAAGUGCUGGCCAUCUUCAUCAUAAGGAAUACUCGCAACAACCCUUUCCAACUAAAAGCGAAUCAAAGAUAUGUCCCCAGAAAACACCUAUGUUGUAUUCUCUGGCCCAAGGGCACAAUGACACAGAUGACUGUUCUAAUCAGAUCAAAAGUGGAAGCGCACAACAUGAAGCCCUUGACAGUCUCAGUAGUAAACAGGUUAGACGGAAUGACCGAUUUGCCACCACUUUGCGCAACGAGAUCCAGAUGAGAAGGGCGCAUCUCCAAAAGAGUCAAAGUGCAGCCACUUUAGAAAGUCCAGUUGAAACUGUAGAAGAGUCUGCUUUGUGGAAGACCACAGGGACUGCUUCUCCCUCAUCAGAUGGCUGCUUUUCCAUUUCUUAUAAAGACCAUCUUAAAGAAGCUCAGGCCAGAGUCCUCCAGGCUACAUCAUUCAGGAGAAAAGACCUAGAGCCAGUAUUAUUUGAGCAUCCAGGUACUGAAGGUCCCACACGAAAAGAUGUACCUCCUUCAAGUGUCUCAGAGGUCACACCUAGCAAACCCACCUCAGGGAGUAAUCAUGUGCUUCGCAUUGGAGGCCGUAAGCGGAUAUCUGCUGAAAAGAAAGUGACGUCUUUUUCUGAGCCAGAUAAAAUUCAUGAAGUAGGAGCUGAUGAACGCUCCACUAUGCCUGAAAAUGUUGCACACUUAGAAAAUCAACAAAGAUUCUUUGAGACAACAGGGAAACCAGUUUUCCCUAAGCCUAUGCCAAAGCAAAACCUGCAGAUAUCAGAAGACCCCAGACUGUCCAAGCCUGGAGGCAUGCACUAUUCUGCAAACAGUGAUAUGGCAGGGCGGAAUAAUGGUGAAAGCUCAACCCCCAUUGAACACCACAUUAAUGAAGGUCUGGAUGGCCCUAACUCAGUGAACCAUCAAGCAUUGCUAGAACAACAGCGACUAGGCACAUUUGCAGAGUAUGAGGCCAAAUGGAACACCCAGAGGAAGACUACAGAACCAAGAGUAUCUGGCCGAUACCACUCUGCUGAUAACAUCCUCGAUACAGGAAAAGAGCGACGGAGUAACCCCACCUGUGUGCAUGAAAGAUCUAGAUCCUCACCUUCUGCUGACUUUUAUGGGCAGAAACUUCCACCACAAGAAAAGAAGUCAGCUGACUGUUUCAAAUCUGAAAAGAGUCCUUGCCAACAGGACAAGAAUAGUACAAGUCAAAAUUUCUACCCAUCUGUUUCUUUGGAGCACAGCCACUGGUUCUAUACACCCAGCAGGUUAAAUGAAAAAGGAUAUAGUGAAAUCUUAUGCAAGGAGAAACCAGAAACACCUCCUGAAGAACCUGAGAAAAAGACUGUAGAUCCUCCCUCCAGCCAUCAUAAGCCUGCACUACAUUUCCCUGUCCAUAGCACUCGCAGUGAACCAUCAGCCCUCUCCAAAAACAAGAGCUCAUUUCUCUUGCCCCAUCUGGAGAAGUACAAAUGCCCUGAGGGAACACCUCCUCCUCUUAGCAAUAUUCAGGAGGUCCAGCCUGGAUCACAAGGAGGAGCUCUGGCCCCAAUUUCCCCAGUCAACAAUCAAAGCUCCGCCCCAGUUUCAGCCCCCAUUCCUUGGAAGAGUCCAGAGUACAGCAAAGGGCCUGUCGGGGAGGAGGAGCAACACCAAGAGCUUGUGCCUCCUCCCUUUCCACCUCCUCCCCCUCCCGUUGUCCUGCCCACCCAACAAACCGCUGGCCCGACCCAGCCCACAAUGGAUGGGCAGCGUUCGCCCUCGCCCCAGUUCGCUCCCCAGAGGCUGACUGACAAGCCCCCUGUCUCCGUCUCCUCACAGGAUGAAGCUCCUGGAAGGAUGGAUCAGAUUAAAGAUGAGAACACAUCUGUGAAGAAAGUGCCCAUUAAGAUAGUCCAUUCAGAGAGUGACACGGAAAAAGAAAGUCGGCAAUAUCUAGACCUGCCCAGCGAGACGCCUGUCAACUCGCAGGGACUUGUGGGAGCUCAUCUUCAAAGUUUGGGGAACCCGGAUCAGUCAUACUCUUUGUUUUGUACAUACACCAGACAAAAAGAUCAGGUUCCUGGUCUUAGAGACCCAGACAUGGGCCCUCUAAAAGACCAGGGGCCACAAAGCAAUAUAAACCCAGUGUCUUAUGUGGAACCUGGCCUUCAGACAGGUCCACCAUUGGAUCAGAGUACCAAUGGAGUGUCUUUGCAUCCUUCACAUUCAGAGGAUGAUAAAAGAAAGGAGCUGGCUAGAGACAUAAUGGACAAAGACAAGUCCCUCGCUGACAUUUUAGACCAGAGUAAGAUGAAGACCACUAUGGAUCUGAUGGAGGGGAUUUUCCCUCAAGGAGAUCAGCUACUGGAGGAGGCCCAACAGCGUAGGAAGGCUCAACCUAAACCACUCUCCCCUCGAAACUCUGUUGAGAAGAAAGAGGAAGACAGCCUGGUGGCGGCCGCUGCUUUAGUGAGCAACUCAACCUACUACAGCACAUCUGCACCCAAAGCAGAGCUGCUGAUCAAGAUGAAGGACAUGCAGGACCAGAGCGUUGAACACAACUCAGAAGAGGAGCUGGAGGAGGACAAUGAAAGUGACCUCGCCUGCAAGAAGCACGAGUUGAUUGAAAGUCUCAGUAAGAAGUUGCAGGUCUUAAAAGAAGCUCAGGAGAGCCUGCAGGAGGACGUGCAGGACAACAACGCUCUUGGAGAAGAAGUGGAGGCCAUCGUACAGGGCGUCUGCAAGCCUAAUGAACUCGACAAAUUCCGCAUGUUCGUCGGGGAUCUUGAUAAAGUGGUCAACCUUCUGCUGUCUCUGUCAGGACGUUUGGCCAGGGUAGAGAAUGCCCUGAACAGCCUGGAGGAAGAUGCUUCGCUGGAGGAAAGGCGCACUCUGACAGAGAAACGCAAACUGCUGAUUCGUCAGCACGAGGAUGCUAAGGAGCUGAAGGAGAACCUGGACAGGAGAGAGCGUGUGGUCUACGACAUUCUGGCCAGUUACCUGCCUGAGGAGAGUAUGGCUGACUACGAGCACUUUGUCAAGAUGAAAUCCGCUCUUAUUAUCGAGCAACGCAAGCUGGAGGACAAGAUCAAACUGGGAGAUGAGCAGCUCAAGUGUCUGAUGGACAGUCUCCCAAUGGACCAGAGAAUAAUCAACUGACUGAUUAAUAAACACUGAUCUAGAGCCAGUCUCUCUUGACGUCAGCCUAGGAUUCCAAAGCAGUACUUAAUAAUGUGGUCCACUUACUGCCAGCGGAAUUGCAUUCAGGUCAUAUAUUGAGUACUCCUUUACUGCCUCAGACAUUUUGGCAAGACUUGUGAAGAUCCUGAAAGUGCUGGGCAUGUUCAGAUGUUCACAUCAUGAUUUGACCAAACCUGAUUUUAUAGAAAGUCGUUGUUAUCCUCUAUAGUGAUUUUAAUGCGUUCGUAAACCUUUAAUGUUACACGACCCAUAAAAUUAUAUGGCGAAAUCAUAAUAAUCAUCAUCAUCAUUUUUAAACACCUUUCAUUCAAUUCCUUGACGUUUUUUGGAUCCACGUGAACUCUUAUUCUUGUUUUAAACCACUAGAGGGCAGUGAAAGACCUGAAUCCCAAUAGAAAAUCUUCAAAUCUCAGUUCCGUUCAUUUUCCAUCCAAGCUUUGCACAUGCAAGUUGUGUUGCUAUUUACACCAGGAGGUUGUAAUUAACUUCUGAAAAUGAGAUUUUGGUGGUGCAUUAUUUCAAAUGACUUGUGUCACCAUCCUGGUCCUGUUAAAAAAAUAAUUCAUUGAUAUUUUUUAGUAAUUUAUUUUAGCCUUUUGAAUCUUUGUAUAUAACUAGUGCAGGCUAAGAUUGUACUCUUUCACUUUAUUUUUAGCCAGGCGAACUACCACUUUAGUCUGCACGCUUUUUAUAGAUGUGUAUAUCACCUUAAAAUGCAUUGUAACUUCAGAGUUAGAGCUGACUAAGUAUUCUGUUGUUUGAAGAAUAUCAGAGACUUGCCUAAACUAUAUAAUUUUAUUCCAGUGCUUGUCUAUAAAAUACCCGCUGCCUUUUGCUUCAA